AAAUAUAUACAUAAUAUGUGUUGAAGAAGAACCCAGACCCGCAAAAGCUCUAUCUCUGGCACCGUCAUCCCCAAUCUCCAUAGCAACAACCACCAUCCACCAUACUCACCUCUCCCUCUCUCUCGUACCAGACCCAUUCCAACUUUUUUUCGCUGCCGGCGUCGUUGAGUUGUUUCCUUAGCCGUCGAGUUUGAUUCCGGAGUCCGUCGUCGAAUGUAAUUUUGCCUCCGCCGCCGUCGUGGAGUUGGAUUUUCUCAUUGCUGCUGUAGCCAAGUUUGAUUUUUCCGUCGUCGGGAUCGAUAUUCGGAGAUCUGAAACAAGUCUCCUUUGUCUUCUUCCUCCCGAAAAGCUGCAACGAAAAUAUAAAAUAAUGUUGGCUAGUGAACAAGUACCUCGCUGGUACACGCGAGGAGCUGUAGUAAUAUUCUAAGAGGCGACCCUCUUGCUUAGGCUGCUGGAACUUGAUUUUGUGGUUCAACCUAUUCAAAAUAGCUAAAAAGAGGGUUUUGCUUAGUCUAUUGGAGAUGCUCUAAAGAGAAUGGCAAAAACCUUCAUAGGGUUUACCGCGAUUCGACCGUUCAUAUCUCCUCCUCUCUCCUCCCCCCACCGUCUUUCUCUCUCUCCGACCAUCCCGCCGUUCAACUAGCAGGGCCCCUAAACUCUGCUUAUUUACCUCUGUAGGCUCUACAACAUCAAGUAUAUUUACACCGCCUCUUUGUUUUAGAUAACAGAUUUCCGACCGAAGAUGGCGAAGAAGCCACGGGACGGCAUUCAGUUCACAAAGCAGCCCUACAUCGAGGACGUCGGGCCUCGUAAAAUAAAGAGCAUUCAGUUCUCCAUGUUUUCGGAAUCUGACAUCUUCAAGUGCGCCGAGGUUGAAGUGCAUCUUGGCCGCUACUACGACGAUCAAAGAUUGCCAUUUCAACAUGGCUUGCUGGACCCUCGCAUGGGGCCACCAAACAAGAACAGUGUUUGUGCAACUUGCCAUGGGAAUUUUAAGGAUUGUCCUGGGCACUAUGGAUACUUGGCUCUUGCCCUCCCCGUAUAUAACGUUGGCUAUCUGAAUACUAUUGUGGACAUCUUGAAGUGCAUUUGCAAGUCUUGCUCCCGUGUACUCUUGCCGGAGAAAGAGCGUGUGGAGUUUUUGAAGAAGAUUAGAAACCCCAAGUUGGAACCCCUAAGGAAGAGUGAGAUUUUGAAAAGGAUCGUGAAAAGGUGUAAUAGCAUGGCAAGCAGUAGGAAGGCGGUGAAGUGUUCAAGAUGCGGAUAUAUUAACGGAAUGGUGAAAAAGGCUACCGGUAAUAGUACGUUGGGGGUCAAUGUUGAUCGUUCUCCAAUUGUUGAAAAUGGUUUAGAAGAAUGCAGAUCAGCUAUUUCUCACACAAAAGAGUCCAGGGCAUCCAUUAGCAUGGGAAACAUGCUAAACCCAGAUAGAGUCCUGUCCCUUUUUAAGAAGAUGCUGGAUGAGGAUUGCGAGUUGCUUUAUUUGAGUGAUAGACCUGAGAACCUUGUUCUAAGGAAUAUCGCAGUGCCACCUUUAGCUCUUCGUCCUUCUGUUUUUGUUGACGGUGGAACACGGAGCAACGAAAGUGACAUCACAGAGAGGUUAAAACGGAUUAUUCAAGCAAAUGCUAUCCUACAGCAGGAAUUAUCAGACAUAAUCUCCACUACGAGAAAUUCGAACGGUUGGGCUGAACUGCAAAUGGAGGUUGCACAGUACAUAAAUAGUGAUGUACGCGGUGGUGUCAAUAUGCAAGCUACAAAGCCUUUGAGUGGUUUUGUUCAGCGCCUAAAAGGGAAACAGGGACGUUUCCGAGGGAACUUGUCUGGAAAGCGUGUUGAGUAUACUGGAAGGACCGUGAUAUCCCCUGAUCCUAACCUGAAGAUUACUGAGGUUGCAAUUCCUCUGUUGAUGGCUCGGACCCUAACUUAUCCGGAGCGUGUUUCCCAUCACAAUAUAGAGAAGUUGAGACAGUGUGUCCGGAAUGGGCCAAAUAAAUACCCUGGUGCUAGGUUCCUCAGAACUGAGGGCGCCUUGGUGAAUUUGAUGGUCCCUGCUAGAAAGCGCCUUGCUGAUGAAUUGAAAUUUGGUCAAAUAGUUGACCGACAUUUGGAAGAUGGGGACAUUGUUCUUUUUAACAGACAACCAAGCUUGCAUCGGAUGUCAAUCAUGUGCCAUAGGGCAAGGAUAAUGCCUUGGCGUACUUUAAGAUUCAAUGAAUCGGUUUGCAAUCCAUACAAUGCUGAUUUUGAUGGUGAUGAGAUGAAUUUGCAUGUCCCACAAACAGAGGAGGCUCGCACGGAGGCUCUUAUGCUGAUGGGGGUGCAAAACAACCUAUGUACACCAAAAAAUGGAGAGAUUUUGGUUGCUUCCACACAAGAUUUUUUGACGUCUUCCUUCCUCAUAACAAGGAAAGACACAUUUUAUGACCGUGCUGCGUUUUCCCUCUUGUGUUCUUAUAUGGGGGAUGGGAUGGAUCUUGUUGACUUGCCUACACCAGCAUUAGUUAAGCCGAUAGAGCUUUGGACUGGGAAACAAUUAUUUAGUGUUCUGUUGCGCCCACAUGCAAAUAUGAGAGUUUAUGUCAAUCUCACCGUUAGGGAAAAGAAUUAUAGCAAGUCUGGAGAGACAAUGUGUCCUAAUGAUGGGUUUGUUUAUUUCCGUAAUAGUGAGCUAAUAUGUGGGCAACUAGGGAAGGCUACUUUAGGAAAUGGCAACAAGGAUGGUCUUUACUCUAUACUUCUUAGGGACUACAAUGCAUAUGCCGCUGCAGCUUGCAUGAAUAAAUUAGCAAAACUGAGUGCUCGGUGGAUUGGGAAUCACGGGUUCUCAAUUGGAAUUGAUGAUGUCCAACCAGGAGGACGGUUGAAUGAAAACAAAAGGGCUAGAAUUUUGGAAGGGUACGGGAAAUGUGAUGAGCUCAUACAGUCCUAUAACAAAGGAAUGCUGAAACUUCAACCUGGUUGUGAUGCUGCUCAAACACUAGAAGCUCAGAUAAGCAGUUUUUUAAAUAAUAUUCGAGAAACAACUGCAAAAGUUUGUAUGGAAGAACUACAUUGGAGGAAUAGCCCCUUGAUUAUGUCACAGUGUGGUUCCAAAGGAUCUCCUAUCAAUAUAAGUCAGAUGAUUGCAUGUGUUGGGCAGCAAUCAGUAGGGGGUCGUCGUGCUCCGAAUGGAUUUAUUGAUAGAAGCCUUCCUCAUUUCCCUAGAAAAUCGAAGACCCCUGCUGCUAAAGGAUUCGUUGCGAACUCAUUCUACAGUGGUUUAACGGCUACUGAAUUUUUCUUCCAUACGAUGGGAGGGCGAGAAGGUCUUGUGGAUACAGCGGUUAAAACAGCUGAUACAGGGUAUAUGUCUCGUAGACUGAUUAAAGCUUUGGAGGACCUUUCCAUCCAAUAUGAUAACACAGUACGAAAUGCUAGCGGAGCUAUAGUUCAGUUCAUUUAUGGCGAUGAUGGUAUGGAUCCAUCACAAAUGGAAGGGAAGGGUGGAAUUCCCUUGAACUUUGAAAGAUUAUUUAUGAAAGUCAAGGCUACAUGUCCUGCUGGAGAACAAAAAAGUUUGUCUCCUUCUGAAAUCAUCGAACAGAGUAAUAACAGGCUGUCAGAACGUGACAUGACUCCUGAUGGGGGUUGUUCUGAUGCAUUCAAGACGUCGUUAGCUGAGUUCAUUCAGGAAUGCAAUACAAGAUUGAGGAGCACGAGAAAAGCACUGAAAUUGGAUGAUGAGCAAGUUGAGGAAGAAAAUCGCAAUAUCCUUGAAAAUGUUGCUCAAAAUAUAUCCGGUGUUACUUCCAAGCAGCUACAGGUUUUCUCUGAAACUUGCAUUUCCCGUUAUCACUUAAAGAGAGUAGAAUCUGGAACUGCAAUUGGUGCAAUUGGAGCUCAAAGUAUUGGAGAGCCAGGGACACAGAUGACUUUAAAGACUUUCCAUUUUGCUGGAGUUGCAAGCAUGAAUGUCACACUUGGAGUUCCUCGUAUAAAGGAAAUUAUUAAUGCUUCCAAAAAAAUCAGCACACCAAUCAUUACUGCUCCUCUUGAUAGGAAUGAUAAUUUGAAAACAGCAAGAAUGGUCAAGGGUCGUGUGGAAAAAACGCUUCUAGGCCAGGUUGCGAAAAGUGUAAGGAUUGUAAUGACAUCGAGGUCAGCAUCCAUUGUAAUCACCCUGAACAUGGAAAGUAUUCAAGCUUCUCAACUUUGCAUAAACUCACAGCAUGUAAAGGAAUCUAUAUUGAGAACACCAAAGAUCAAAUUAAAGGAACCGAAUAUUAAGGUCUUGGAUGCUAGGAAACUGGAAAUUAUUCCUCCAGCUGAUAAAAGUGAACUUCAUUUUGAACUUCACUCACUAAGAAAUAAGCUUCCAUUGGUUGUUGUGAAGGGUGUAAACAGUGUAGAACGUGCAGUGAUUAAUAGAACUAAAGUGGACAACAAAGAACAAUACAACUUACUUGUGGAGGGCACGGGACUUCAAGAUGUCAUGGGCACUGAAGGAAUUAAUGGGCGUAAAACGACCAGUAAUCAUGUUAUGGAAGUGCAGCAAGUCAUCGGAAUUGAAGCUGCAAGAAGGUGUAUAAUUGAAGAGAUAAAAUACACGAUGGCAAGUCAUGGAAUGACCAUAGAUCUACGACAUAUGAUGCUUUUGGCAGAUCUAAUGACAUUUAAGGGCGAAGUUCUCGGAAUCACUAGAUAUGGGAUUCAGAAAAUGAAAGAGAGUGUACUGAUGUUGGCUUCAUUUGAGAAGACAGCUGAUCACCUUUUCAAUGCUUCUGUGAAUGGGAGAGAUGACAAGAUUGAAGGAGUUAGUGAAUGCAUCAUUAUGGGCAUACCAAUGCAGAUAGGCACUGGAAUACUUAAAGUGAUGCAAAGGUAUGUGAAACAUUUGGUAGGCAAGGGAAAAUAUAUGCGUAACAGUACGUGUACAAAUUUUUCUAUGUAUGUUCUCCAUCAGUUGCAUGAGUUUUCUCCUGCUAAAUGCUUGUCCUUACCCAUCGCUAGACCACGGGAUACUUCCCCUAAAGUAGAACACGAUGCAUAUGAAAAUCUAACACAAUACUUCUUAAAGGAGGAUGAUAGAGGGCAGGAAAGUCAUGACGCUAAAGUUUGGGGGUAAAUGAAAAAUAUGUUU